CUCCUUUCUCCUGAACCCCGACUAUUUUCUAUAUUAUUCCACCCAGGAGAUACUCUAUCGAAAUGGCUCUCCCCAAGAUUACUGCUCACACCGAGCUUUCUGCGCUGUCGGCAAUCGAGCACGACGCCCUCGUUGCCGUGUACACCGAUCUGGACUCGCUCAGCAGCCUGCAGUCCUCGUGGGCAUCGGCGAUUGAGCCGUAUCGCAGCAUCGACAAGGAUUUUGGACAGACCGUGGCAUUGGUGCCCAGCGGCGCUGUGGGCGGCAACCGCCUGGUGCUGUCGCCUACCGGCAGCCUGAAUGACGACACCGACGACGUGCGCAAGAUCGGCGAAGCGGCCAAGGCCGGUAUCGCGCGUGCCAUUGAGGCUGGCGCCAAGCGCCCGGCUUUGGUCCUGGCGCAGGCACCGCCUAGUCCCGCCGAGGCACCACUGGAUGCCGACUACUCGCGCUGGAUCGAAGUUGCACUGUUGGGGGCGCUCGAGGCAUCUUACGUCACUCUGGUUGUCCGCGAGUUCCGCGAGUCGAGCCGCAAGGGCGAGCUGGAGAACCUUGAUUCGAUCGAUCUGGUUGUUCCGGGCGUGAUUGCCCAGGAUUGUCUGAAGCACGUGAUCACCCGGGUUCGUGCAAUUGAGGCUGGGCGGCGCCUGGCCAAGGAUGUGGGCUACGGCGACCCGGAGCGGAUGACCCCGUACAAGUGCGCCGAGUACAUCGAGCAGACUGUCAAGGGCGUCAAGGGCAUCGAGUACGAGGAGAUCAAGGACCUCGAGGUCCUGAAGAACGAGUACCCGCUGCUGUACCACUCGUCGCGCGCAUCGCUUGCUGAGAAGAAGACAUGGCCGUGCAUCGUCAAGCUUGCGUACAAGUCGCCUGAUCCGACCAAGGUCAAGGAGCACCUGUACCUUGUGGGUAAGGGUGUCACGUACGAUACGGGAGGCAUCUCGCUCAAGAUUGGGGCUGCGAUGCGGGGCAUGUCACGCGACAAGCUCGGUGCCUGCGGUCUUGCAGGAUUCGUUCUGGCCACAGGCCUGGUGGAGGAACCGAGUGUCGAUAUUACGUGCAUCUUGGCAUUCGAGCGCAACUCGAUUGGACCCAACGCGCUGCUGCCGGACGAGGUGGUUGUGUCGCGCGCUGGUGUGCGUGUACUGAUUGGUGACACCGAUGCUGAGGGCCGCCUGGUGAUGACGGAUGCCGUGUGCGAGUGCCGCGAGAAGAUCCUUGCAGCGCGCGCAGCCGGCGACUACACACCCUCGGCCAUCUACACGGCGGCGACGCUGACGGGCCAUGUCAUCCGGGCGUAUGGCUGGUAUGGAGCUGCAGUAGCGAACGGACCAGCGCGCAAGGAGAAGUGGGAUCACCGGCUGCUAGUUGCCGGCCUGGCAUAUGGUGAUCCGUUUGAGAACAGCGUUAUGCGCCGCGACGAUCACCAGUUCAUUGCGUCCAAGACUGACCGCGAGGACGUGUACCAGAGCAACUGCAACCCCAGCACCCAGACCGACCGCGGUCACCAGUACCCGGCAGCCUUCAUCAUCAAGGCGUCCGGGCUGGACAAGCACAGCCUGAGCGCUGGCAAGGACGCCAUUUCGUUCAUCCAUGUCGAUAUUGCGGGCAGCGCCGAGGAUGGCGUUGAGCCGGGCCUUGGCCUGAUGGGCAUCACUGGCAGCCCGGUGGCCACCUUUGCCGGAGCCUUCUGGACGGCGUAG